AUGCCCCUCCCAUCCCUUCCUAUUUUCUUGGCAGCGCAGCAUCAUGCCCAGAAUGAUGCAAACAAGGUCGCUAUCAUAGAUGCUACUAAGCAGCAAUCUUUUACCUUUACACAGCUUCUCGAAGACACAGCGGUGCUUCGCAAGCAGAUUGUCGAAACACUAGGCCUGACCGCGACAGGCGACUUGGACGAGCGACGCAUCACAUUCCUUGUCCCGAACGGAUAUGACUAUGUUGUCACUCAAUGGGCCACCUGGGCUGCAGGCGGAGUCGCCGUGCCUCUCUGCACAAGUCACCCAUUGAAGGAGCUUCUGUACACAAUCGGUGACUCUGAACCUUCCUUGAUUCUGAUCCACCCCGCAUUUGAGAAAAUCGCACCAGCGCUCCGUGAAGCAUGCUCUACCGACAUCCCAUUCAUGGGCCUCGAUCCCUUCACCCGUAACGAAUCACCAUCGCUCCCUUCCUUUGUCCCAUCAUUCCCGCUCAAUCGCCGCGCACUGAUGAUCUAUACCUCCGGGACAACAGGAAACCCCAAGGGCGGCGUCAGCACACAUGAAAUCAUCGAAUUCCAAGCAAGCUGUCUGGUGAAGGCCUGGAAGUACAGCCCAUCCGAUCAUCUGAUACACGUACUUCCGCUCCACCACAUUCAUGGCAUCGUCAACGGACUGGCAGCCAGUCUGCUAAGUGGAACAACGGUGGAAAUGCACCCAAAGUUCGAUCCUAAGGUUAUCUGGGAGCGCUGGCAAGAGCUCGGUUCUUCUACGAUGUUCAUGGCUGUGCCAACCAUCUACUCGCGCCUGAAUGAUUAUUUCGAUACAAACAUCCGCGGUACAGACCGUGAACAGGCUGCCCGAGACGGUGCAAAAGCUCUACGCCUAGUAAUCAGUGGAUCGGCUGCACUGCCCACACCUGUCAAGGCUAAAUUCGCCGAAAUCACUGGCCAGAUUCUAUUGGAGCGAUUUGGUAUGACUGAGAUUGGAAUGGCUAUUAGCUGUGGACUAGAGCUGGACAGGCGAGUUGAUGGAAGUGUCGGAUGGCCUCUCCCUGGAGUGCAGGUCCGACUUACAGAGAAAGAGACAGGUCAGAUAAUCGAAGAGAUUGAUCAAGACGGCAUGAUUGAGAUCAAAGGUGGCAAUGUAUUCCGUGAAUAUUGGAGAAAGCCAGAGGCAACAGCGAAGGAGUUCACCGCGGAUGGAUGGUUCAAGACCGGCGAUGUCGCGAAACGAGAUUCUACCGGAGCAUACUUCAUCCAAGGUCGGGCAUCUGUUGAUCUAAUCAAGUCCGGUGGAUACAAGAUUUCUGCCUUGGAGGUGGAGCGCAAGAUGCUUGCGCUGGAGGCCAUCCAAGAAGUUGCUGUCGUGGGUCUGAAGAAUGAGGAAUGGGGCCAGCAGGUAGCUGCUGUUGUCAAAUUCCGCGAUGGGGCUACACCAUUGGAGCUUCCUGCCCUUCGCGCCGUUUUGAAAACCGAAAUGGCGCCUUACAAAGUGCCUACAGUGUUGAUGGUCGUGGAUGGCAUCGAGCGCAAUGCUAUGGGCAAGGUGAACAAGAAGAUGAUCAUUCAGAAGUACUGGCCAGACAAAGCAUAA